AUGAGCACACCUAUCUACCUUUCCGCCCGCGAAGCAGCAGCCGAGCUUGGUGUCCAGCCGGCAACACUAUAUGCCUAUGUCAGCCGCGGACUGAUUUCCUCCGUCGCCGGACCGGGCAAGAAGCGACGCUACGAUGCUACGGAUGUCCGAAGGCUUAAGGGCCGCAGGGCUGCCGAGGACCACGCGGGUGCCCGGCCGCUGACUGGUGAUCCGGUUCUUGAAACCGAACUGACGCUGAUCGCCGAAGACGGGCCCGUCUAUCGUGGCCGGUCCGCUUUGGAUCUUGCCGAGACAUCGACACUUGAAACCGUUGCAACGCUGCUAUGGGCAUCCGGUGAAGACCCGUUUGCCGGCAAUGUGCCGCAAAAACCACCUGCGAUGCCCGAAGGGCUCCCCGCGCUGGACAGGCUUAUGAUGGCGCUUGCCGCCUGGCCACUUCAGGACAAGGCGGCCUUCACGCUUGCACCCAGACUUCUGCAGACAAAGGGUGCGGCCCUUCUGCGAUAUUCGGUCGCCGCACUUUUGGGCAAGGAGCCUGUGGCUAUUCCGAUCCACACCCAAAUUGCAAACGCCUAUGGCGCGUCGUCGUCGGCAAAAAACCUGAUCCGGGCCGCUCUCGUGCUGUGCGCGGAUCAUGAACUCAACACCAGUGCGUUCACCGCGCGAUGCGCGGCCUCCACGCGCGCUCCACUUCAUGCGGCGCUGCUGUCAGGCCUCGGUGCUUUUGCCGGCCCGCGACACGGGGCCGCGCCGGAUCGCGCCACAGCCUGGCUGGCGGAAAUCCAACCCGAAACCGACAUUGAGGAAAUGCUUGCCGACAGGCUGGCGCGCGGAGAGACGCUACCGGGAUUCGGUCAUUCGGUUUAUCAGGGCCGGGAUCCGCGUGCCGUUUGCCUGCUCGACAUUCUGUGCCGGACUGAAGGCAGUGAUCCCUUUGUCGAGCGCCUGCCGGGGUUGAUAAAGGCAGCGGAUGAUCUCUUCGGCUUGCCACCGAAUAUCGACCUGGCUCUCGCCGUGAUCCAGAAAACCUACGAUCUGCCGAAAGAUGCCGGCAAGAUCAUUUUCUGCGCCGGGCGCAUGACCGGCUGGAUAGCCCAUGCGCUGGAGCAAUAUGCGUCUCAUGAAAAGAUCCGGCCCCGCGCGGCCUAUGUGGGGGAGCGACCGGAAUAG